CAGUAAGUAAUGAUAUAUUUUCAGAUGAACUGUUUUUUGAAAUGCCUUUGCUUUAAUUCUAUCAGUGUGGAUCCGAACGACCAGAAGAAGACCGCCUGCUAUGACAUUGAUGUUGAAGUUGAUGAUCCUCUUAAGGGUCAGAUGAAUGGAUUCCUGCUGUCCACAGCUAAUCAACAAGAGAUUGCAUCUCUAGACAACAAGAUCCAUGAAACUAUUGAGUCUAUCAACCAACUGAAAAUCCAAAGAGAUUUCAUGCUCAGCUUCUCCAGGGACCCCAAGGGCUACAUCCAGGACUGGAUCUGCUCCCAGAACCGGGACCUCAAGCUUAUGACGGAUCCAGUUGGAAACUCCAGAGGAAGAGAGAAGAGCAGAGUUUUACAACCAGCCAUGUUCUCAAGAAGCCGUCAGUCGCUACUUCUACUGCAAGAUUCAACAGCGAAGACAGGAGCUUGAACAAGCUUUGGCAAUGCGAACAACUUAAAAUAACUCUCACUUUCGAGAAUGAGUUGACAACUAGUUUGUUUCUCCUUUGGCUUGGUCAGUUUAGUUCUGGCGGUCUCCCCAUUGGAUAGUUUUCCAUGGACACUGAAGUAUUAGGCUCUCUCUCAAUAUUGAGAUUUGGACUGAUUUUAAUGGGGGUCAAUGAAAAGUGUAACUCUAGUCUUAUUUAAUGCUUAAUGUACAGUUGAAUGUAUAUAUAAUCUCACAGUAUAGUUAGGGACUGUGGCCUGAGAAUGCCACUAUAAAUACUGAUUGCACACAAAUGCAGCAACUAUUGUGAUUGAUUUUACUUCGGUUUUCUGAUGCGCACAAGGUGAGGAUACACUGAGAGGGGUCUGGCUGCAGACUCUGUGCAGAUGCAAUUUGAGCUGCAUCCAAUGCUUUUUAAUGGGCUAACCUAACCCUACCCCUCACAGUGACGUCACUAGCUCCAUUGAGUGCAUUGUGUCUGACAUUGCAUCUCUGAGCGAUCCAAUCUCAGCUUGCAUCAAAAAGACUGCAUCCAGAUACUAGUGAAUACGCUCUGUGGUUUCAUUUGAAACAGUAACAUCACAACGAAGGAACCUUCUGAUGCCUAGGAAACCUUUUUUAUACAACAAUGAGAUGUUAAAUGUGAGUUUAAAAAACCGAAUCUGUCGUGUUUUUUAUUUUACAUGUUUGAAUUUUUCAUCACAUUCUGCUUGCAGUUUUUCUUCUGUGUUUUUUCCUGUCUUUAUAUUUGCAUUGUGCAAGAGAGAUCAUGAUGAAUUGAAUUCAGCCAGCUAACUUUAUUUGCAAUAAGUGAAAUUUAUUGUGGCUACGGGGUGACUCAGUGAGUAGCAUGAAGGUCGCUGGUUCGAGCCCCAGUUGGAUGAGUUGGCAUUUCUGUGUAGAGUUUGCAUGUUCUCCCGUGUUCGCGUGGGUUUCCUCGGGUGCUCCGGUUUCCCCCACAGUCCAAAGACAUGUGGUACAGGUGAAUUGGGUAUGCUAAAACUGACCAUAGUGUAUGAGUAUGAAUGAGUGUUUAUGGAUGUUUCCUAGUACUGGGUUGGAGAUGAAAGACCAGCAAACAAUUUUGUGUUUAAUAGACGUGUAAUAGACAUCUAAACAUAGACAGCCUGGCUAAAAUAAGGUGACACUUAGGUUGUCAGUGAAAAUCUAAUAGACGUCUAAGAAUAGCCCAAAACUAGAUUAAAAACUGCUAAAAACGCUGUGUAAAACAUAUGCUGGAUAAGUUGGCGGUUCAUUCCGCUGUGGCGACCCCAGAUUAAUAAAAGAACUAAGCUGAAAAUAAAAUGAACGAAUGAAAUGAAAUUUUUUGUUGUCUUUUAGACACCCUUAAUAAAUUAAAACCUAAUACUAAAACAACAUGCUCUGAUCAAAUAAAGUCAAUCUCUCUCAUUUGUCAAACUUGUGUUAACAAUACAGGUUUGUUUGUAUUGUUAAAACACUUGCUCAGACGCAAUGCUCAAAAAUGAUGUUUGAAAAUGUCUUCAUUUUCAGAGGCUUUAAAUGCCAGUAUGCUCUAAAUCUCUUGUGUGUUGAGAAAUACAAUAAUGCAUGUUGCAUGUGAAUAUUUUUAUGCUCUUUUUAAGUGUUUCUUUUUUAGCAUGAUGCCUUAUUAAAUCACAGAGAUGCACAGCAAGCAUUAACCAAAGGUUAAGUACAGUUUCAUCAUCUUUGUGAAAGCCAGUAAAUGAAUUCCAUCAUGUAAGUUGAGUUCAAUUUUUUGGUAUUGCUGAAUGUCAAAAGGUGUUCAUAUUCUGAGGCAUUGACCCUUUACCUUUUUACAAGACAUUCUUACUGUGUUCUGUAUUUUAUUUAAAUGAAGGUGCAGUCUGUCUGCUAUUUUGAACAUGAUUAAUAAAAUAAAUACAAAAAUUAAAAAA